ACGAGAAGUCAGGCAGCUAGCUUUGGCUAAACGAACACUAGCGGCUUGUGAGCCAUCAAAAUGCAGUAUUUUUCGCUAUUGGGGUGGACUUCACACCAUGGAAUGUAAUGAACUUAUUCCUUGGGAAAACUAUAUAUUAUAGCCAACGACGUCUUUGUUGAGAAAUCGGACUGCCCUGAGACUUGGAUGGAGGUGCAAGCAAGCGCUACGACUGAGGAGGUGUAGAACGGUUGGUCGACCCGUCUCAUCCUAAUUAUUAGCAUAGUGAGGAGCAGCCGACCUGACCACCAUGCCUCCCAGACCGUCUUCUGGGGAACUAUGGGGCAUGCACUUGAUGCCCCCGAGCAUCCAGGUGGACUGCCUUCUCCCAAAUGGGAUGAUUCUGACAUUGGUGUGCACACGUGAGGCAACACUCAUCUCGGUCAAACACGAACUCUUCAAAGAGGCCAGGAAGUAUCCUCUCCACCACCUCCUACAGGAGGAGACCUCCUACAUCUUUGUCAGCGUUACCCAAGAGGCUGAGAGAGAGGAGUUCUAUGAUGAGACAAGGAGACUGUGCGACCUCAGGCUUUUUCAGGCCUUCCUGAAAGUCAUCGAACCAGUGGGCAACCGAGAGGAGAAAAUACUCAACCGAGAAAUUGGUUUUGCAAUAGGAAUGCCUAUAUGCGAGUUUGACCUGGUCAAGGACUCGGAAGUGCAGGACUUUAGAAGAAACAUAUUGAAUGUCUGCAAGGAGUCUGUGGACCUCCGAGACACUAAUGGACCCAUCAGUAGAGCAUUGUACGUCUACCCUCCCAAUGUAGAGUCGUCAGUAGAACUGCCCAAGCACAUCUUCAAUAAGCUUGACAAAGGUCAAAUCAUAGUGGUCAUCUGGGUCAUCGUGUCACCGAGCAACGACAAGCAGAAGUACACCCUGAAGAUCAAUCACGACUGCGUGCCGGAGCAUGUGAUCGCAGAGGCCAUCCGCAAGAAGACGCGUAGCAUGCUGCUGUCCCACGAGCAGCUCAAGAUGUGUGUGCAGGAGUAUCAGGGAAAGUACAUCCUUAAGGUGUGCGGCUGUGACGAGUACCUGCUGGAGAAGUACCCCCUUAGCCAGUACAAGUACGUGAGGAGUUGCAUCAUGCUGGGGCGCAUGCCCAACCUCAUGCUAAUGGCCAAGGAUAGCCUUUACUCCCAGCUGCCCAUCGACACCUUUACCAUGCCCUCGUACGCCCGACGCAUUUCCACGGCAACGCCCUAUAUGAACGGCGAGACGGCCACCAAGUCCCUGUGGACCAUCAACGGCACGCUGAGGAUCAGGAUACUGUGCGCAACCUAUGUCAAUGUAAACAUCAGGGACAUUGACAAGAUCUAUGUCCGGACUGGGAUCUACCACGGUGGGGAGCAGCUGUGUGACAAUGUGAACACUCAGCGCGUGCCAUGCUCAAAUCCCAGGUGGAAUGAGUGGCUGAACUACGACAUGUACAUUCCAGACAUCCCACGUGCCGCCCGCCUCUGUCUGUCCAUCUGCUCUGUGAAAGGGAGGAAGGGGGCUAAAGAGGAGCACUGUCCGCUAGCCUGGGGCAACAUCAAUCUAUUUGACUACACCCACACUCUAGUGGCCGGGAAGAUGGCCCUCAACCUGUGGCCUGUGCCCCAUGGCCUGGAAGACCUGCUCAAUGCCAUCGGAGUCACUGGCUCCAAUCCAAACAAGGAAACCCCUUGCCUGGAGCUGGAGUUUGAUCACUUCAGUAACCCGGUCAAGUUCCCCGACAUGCCGGCCAUCGAGGAGCACGCCAACUGUAACAUAUCCCGGGAGCUGGGCUUCAACUACUGCCACACCGGUUUGAGUAACAGACUGGCGAGGGACAACCCCCUGACGGACAGUGACAACGAACAGCUGCGCUUGGUGUGUAACAGAGACCCACUGUCUGAAAUCACUGAGCAGGAGAAGGACUUCCUGUGGAGGCACAGACAUUACUGCGGCACUAUCCCAGAGAUACUUCCCAAGAUUCUCCUGGCAGUGAAAUGGAACUCCAGAGAUGAGGUUGCACAGAUGUAUUGCCUUCUGAAGGACUGGCCAGCCAUAAAGCCAGAACAAGCCAUGGAGUUGCUGGACUGCAACUUCCCCGAUCCCAUGAUUCGAGACUUUGCCGUGAAGUGCCUUGAGAAAUACUUAACAGACGACAGACUCUCUCAAUACCUCAUCCAGCUGGUCCAGGUUCUUAAGUACGAACAGUACCUCGACAACCCGCUGGCCCGCUUCCUGCUGAAGAAGGCUUUGACCAAUCAGCGGAUAGGACAUUUCUUCUUUUGGCAUCUCAAGUCGGAGAUGCACAACAAGACUGUGAGCCAGCGGUUUGGCCUGCUGCUGGAGUCCUACUGCCGGGCCUGUGGCAUGUACCUCAAGCACCUGAGCAGACAGGUGGAGGCCAUGGAGAAACUCAUCAACCUUACCGACCUCCUCAAGCAGGAGAAGAAGGACGAGGCCCAGAAGGUUCAGAUGAAGUUCCUGGUGGAGCAGAUGAAACGGCCUGACUACAUGGAUGCCCUACAGAGCUUCACCUCUCCACUCAACCCAGCGCACCAGCUGGGAAACCUCCGCUUGGAAGAGUGCCGGAUGAUGUCAUCGGCCAAGCGGCCCCUGUGGCUCAAUUGGGAGAACCCUGACAUGAUGUCAGAGCUGCUCUUCCAGAGCAACGAGAUCAUCUUUAAAAACGGAGAUGAUCUGAGGCAGGACAUGCUGACUUUGCAGAUCAUUAGAAUAAUGGAGAACAUCUGGCAGAACCAGGGCCUUGAUCUCAGGAUGCUGCCUUACGGCUGCCUGUCUAUCGGCGACUGCGUGGGCCUGAUAGAGGUGGUGAGAAACUCCCACACCAUCAUGCAGAUCCAGUGUAAAGGAGGCCUGAAGGGGGCGCUGCAGUUCAACAGCCACACGCUGCACCAGUGGCUCAAGGACAAGAACAGGGGGGAGAUGUACGACCAGGCCAUUGACUUGUUCACACGGUCAUGUGCGGGCUACUGCGUAGCCACCUUCAUCCUGGGGAUCGGUGACAGACACAACAGCAACAUCAUGGUCAAAGAUGAUGGACAGCUAUUCCACAUAGACUUUGGCCAUUUCCUGGAUCACAAGAAGAAGAAAUUUGGCUACAAGCGAGAGCGGGUGCCCUUCGUCUUGACACAGGACUUCUUAAUCGUCAUCAGUAAAGGAACCCAGGAGUGCACCAAAACCAGGGAGUUUGAGAGGUUCCAGGAGAUGUGCUACAAGGCCUACCUGGCCAUCCGGCAGCACGCCAACCUCUUCAUCAACCUGUUUUCCAUGAUGCUGGGCUCGGGGAUGCCCGAACUGCAGUCCUUCGACGACAUAGCUUACAUCCGCAAGACCCUGGCGCUGGACAAGACGGAGCAGGAGGCCCUGGACUACUUUAUGAAGCAGAUGAACGACGCCCACCACGGCGGCUGGACCACCAAGAUGGACUGGAUCUUCCACACAAUCCGCCAGCACGCCAUGAACUGAGAGGGGCCAUCUGCCCGGAGAGUAGCAGCAACGCAGAGAGGACAAGGGCGGAUCUCUACACCAUCCGCCUGGACUGUGUGUCAACGGAGAGACUAGAGCGGAUCUCUACACCAUCCGCCUGGACUGUGUGUCAACGGAGAGACUAGAGGGGAUCUCUACACCUUCCGCCAGUUAAGCACGCCAUGAGCUGAGAUGGCAGAGCGGACAACGCUAGCGUCUACGGAUGGAGCUAUGAAUGGAUAGAGCCAUUGGAUGAAUAGAGUGAAUUGAGAGGCUAGAACGGAUCGCUACAUCAUCUGCUAACUUCUGAGCUCUGAGGGAAAUGCACAUCUGUAUACCAUCCACUAGGAGGCGCCAAAAGUGGAUAUUAGGUAUGCAUCGAUACGGAAAUUACGGGCUGAUGUGAUAAUCAUAUUUACUGGACAUUAUCUUUCUCAUAUUGGUAUGGCAAUAUGGCCACAGUUUUUUCUUUGUAAAAUUAGGGGAACAACCACGAUUGUAAACAACCGUUUUGCAAAAGUUAUGUCAUUUUUAAGAUGAAGCGAUCUAUUGUAUUAUCAGCCGAUACCGAUAUGAUGGCCGUUCUUUUCCCCCUAUAUCAAAGCCUGCCCCCCAGAGUCAUGUCCUGCUAACACACCAGGGUACCGUGAAGACCUGCCCAGGGUCAUGUCCUGCUAACACACCAGGAUACCGUGAAGACCUGCCCAGGGUCAUGUCCUGCUAACACACCAGGAUACCGUGAAGACCUGUCCAGGGUCAUGUCCUGCUAACACACCAGGAUACCGUGAAGACCUGUCCAGGGUCAUGUCCUGCUAACACACCAGGAUACCGUGAAGACCUGCCCAGGGUCAUGUCCUGCUAACACACCAGGAUACCGUGAAGACCUGCCCAGGGUCAUGUCCUGCUAACACACCAGGGUACCGUGAAGACCUGCCCAGGGUCAUGUCCUGCUAACACACCAGGAUACCGUGAAGACCUGUCCAGGGUCAUGUCCUGCUAACACACCAGGAUACCGUGAAGACCUGCCCAGGGUCAUGUCCUGCUAACACACCAGGAUACCGUGAAGACCUGUCCAGGGUCAUGUCCUGCUAACACACCAGGAUACCGUGAAGACCUGCCCAGGGUCAUGUCCUGCUAACACACCAGGAUACCGUGAAGACCUGCCCAGGGUCAUGUCCUGCUAACACACCAGGAUACCGUGAAGACCUGCCCAGGGCACGCAACGGAAAAUGGUUUGAUACGGAAAACCAAAAAAUAAUUAUUAUUGGACAAAUCUUGGCAGUCUCUUUCAAUCAUGUUUUCUUCCUCUUGGUGCCCAUGAACACAACCCAGAAUACCACCAGCAUUGUUAAUUCCCAGUGAUGGAUGGUUGACAGACACUAGGAUGUCCUUUUCAUCGUCUGCUGUCAACUCUAAGACUAGCGAACAGAACUCUGACAAAUCGUGUUUGAUCUCAAUUGACGAUCACACAUCUUGUCUCCCCCCCCCCCCCCCUCCUCAGAUGGAAACAGUCAUGUUUCGUGACCUCAAAGUUUGAGAUUUUGUACAGAAGUAUCCCAAUGGUCUUGUAUGCAUACAUUUUUCCUUUUUAGUCUUCAUUUUCUACUGAGCCAAAGUACUAUAUAGAUAUAUAUAUAUCUCCUACUACAUCUGACUUAUCAGUCUUACCAUGAGUCACUACUAUUCCAAUCCCUGUGUAUCUCCUUUGUAGCACUGAUCUCUACAGUAUUUGUUUGUUUGUCCAUCAGUAUUAUGAUGCGUGUGCAGCGUUCUGGCGUAAAAUGCUUGCCGUCCAGCACCCAGUUGGAUGCAACACAGAAGUUUACGAUGACUGACAGAAAAUAACUGUAAAUUCAUUGAAUUCAUCCUCUUCGUUUUGUUGUUUUUUGCGGGUUGUAUUUUUAAAGGGAAAUGGGGGGCAAAAUGGAUGUGCAAUGUUAUAGUUCUGUUACACUAUGCAAUUUGUGAUCUUUAUGUACUGUACUGCAAAGUAGAGUCGAUGGGAGUAUCUAAUCAUAUACACAGCAUUAAAGGUGUCUAUCAACUGUACAGACAAGACAGUACACAGAAGACGAAUGCACAAUUAUGCACUGACAGUAUCGCCGAUUUCUUCCCUGACAGGAUGACUCUGGAAGAACUGUAAAUAAAUAAAAAAAAUAGCCUUUCACUUUAGUUUUUUUUUUUUUUUUUUUUUAAAUCUAACCGUAGAUUUUAGAAAGCGUUUGGAACCACCGUAGAUUGUUUUUGGGUGAAUUGGAAUUUGCUUCAUCCUAUAUUUUCAGAAUACAAGUAUGUAUAGAUUUGACCCUAUUACAGACUUCCCCAGCAUUCUAUGUCAUAUGAACUCCCUAUUCAGUAAAGUUGUUAAAGAUCAAUAAAAUAAAAGUGUAACAGGUGAAUUUGUGGUUUUGCCUUCCCUGACAACUGCCCUUUUUUUAAGUGUGGAUUCUGCAAUUCUCAUUGGAUAAAGAUACUUUUAUUAGUCAGUUGUUUGCCAAUUUUUACCAAAUGACAUGGUGUGUGUUUCUGUGCAGGUUACAGAUGGUUGGGCAGGUCCCAUUCAAAACAAGACAACUACAAUAACCAUAUUACAAACAAUAUGCAAGCGCUAUCAUAGAACAUUUUCCCUUUCAUUUUCAUUGUGGUUAAAUGUCAUCCUUUUCUUUUCACUGUUAAUGCAUGAGGUCCCUGAAGAUCCUUUGUUCAACCAAGUGUUGUUUACUUGAAGUUCAUGUUUUAAAUGACAUUUUGUUACUUGUGAGGUACAAUGUCGUCACACCAUGAAGAUAAGCAAUACUAUCCUGGGGCAAGGGAAUAAUGUCUGGCCCCCAUGAACUUUAUGUGUGUAAAUCGCUUUCCUUGAGUAACUACAGAGGUAAUAUAUUUUUGUAUUCUAAAUGUAGACUAACUCAAAAUAUAAUCACUAAACAAAAAAAGUGGAAUUAUGCAUAGUACAUGGUUUCACACCCCGCUAGACAGCUUGUAGUUAUUGAAAUAUGAGACACUAGUGAUGAAGGACAACAUGAGUUUGGUAAGGAGGAGAAUGUAUCGAGUGGUGUUUCACUGAAGGUCUGCUGUUCUGGCUAUGAGCACAGUGUAAAAGCACAACGAGGAAAAGCUAUCCUGCAUGUUUUCAAAACCCACUAUUCAUAAGUUAUCUAUUCAUCCCUGUAAAUAUCGUUUGACCUGUACUAUGCACUCAUUAUUCUUUCAUACUAAUUCAUGUACCAUGUCUGGAUAGAACCCUGUAUUCAUUCACUCAUUGUACUGUUUCCUAAAAAAACUAUUUUCUCUGUAUCCCCAGAUAUUUUGAGAACCAAUAAAUGUCAUUUCUAAUGAUCCA